UAAAAGGAAAAUGUGUGAGGCUUUUAAUUUGAAAACUUAACCCGGAAGUGUCGUAAACUGCGUCGGCUUGUAACUCCUCGUUCUCAGACUGAAUCGCACAGGCGCGAUGUUAGCUAACUAGUGGAUGUUAAAUGAGGGACCGCGGGCAGCAGAUAAACAUGUCAGGGUUGGUUCAACUAUUUUUUUAAACGCUCGCUUUAACGCCGAGCCGUCGUGACGUCACCGGACCAAAGAGCAUCCCUGCCGCUGGCGCCUGGGAGACAGCUAGCUUUAGUUAGCCUUUUAGACAGACGCCUCACAGACAGAGGGCUGCGUUAUUGUUUGAAACAUAGAUUUUGUUCUCUCUCCGUGGGUCAGCCCACAGACCCCCGAGCUACAGCAACGAAAUGCAUCCAUUAAGGCAGCACAGACGAGCCUGACUCUGGUUUGUAAUCCGACCAUGGACUCCUCCUCUGAGUCCCAGACAGAGCCCGAGAAAACUCCGCACAAUGCCGAGUCCAGAGAGCAUCAAGGCACCUCGGCUGCCGUAGCGAGCGGUGAUGAGCCCGUCCUUCUGACCCCCGGCAGGAUGAGCCAGCGCCAGGUCAAGGAGAGGGACAAGGAGAGGGAGAAGGAGGCAGGCCUCCAGACUCCCAGCAGGGAGCACAUGGCCUCCCCCUCUGCCCUGAGCCCCGGGGUCAGCUACAGCCACGGUUUCGAGAGGGGAAAGGAGGACCUCCUGCCUCUGCCUUUAAAGGAAGACUCUAAUUCAAUCUCCAAGAGCAAGUCUGAAACGAAGCUGUACAAUGGCUCAGACAAAGACGUGCCGGGAUCUGGAGGAAAGCUCACCAAAAAGGAGUCCCUCAAGGUGCAGAAGAAGAACUACAGGGAAGAGAAGAAGAGAGCCACCAAAGAGCUCCUCAGUACCAUCACAGAUCCGUCUGUCAUCGUCAUGGCCGACUGGCUGAAGAUCCGGGGCACCCUGAAGUCCUGGACCAAGUUGUGGUGCGUGCUGAAACCUGGCGUCCUCCUCAUCUACAAAACCCACAAGAACGGUCAGUGGGUCGGGACGGUGCUGCUGAACGCCUGCGAGCUGAUCGAGCGGCCCUCCAAGAAGGACGGCUUCUGCUUCAAGCUCUUCCACCCGCUGGAGCAGUCCAUCUGGGCCGUGAAGGGUCCUAAAGGGGAGGCGGUGGGCUCUAUCACACAGCCGUUACCCAGCAGCCACCUCAUCUUCAGAGCUGCCUCGGAGUCGGACGGACGGUGCUGGAUGGACGCCUUAGAGCUGGCCCUGAAGUGCUCCAGCCUGCUGAAGAGGACCAUGAUCCGUGAGGGCAAGGAGGACAUGAGCGCCGUGUCCACCAGCGGAGAGCACUCCAUUAACUUCUACAGCCUCCUCAGAGCCCACAACCUGCACGGUUUCCAGUUCAACGACAGCGACCAUCUGAAAGACCCGGACCUCUACUCCGACAAGUCCGACCGAGAGGGGGAGCCGGACCAUGAGGAGUCGGACCCUGAGGGGUUGGAGGAGAGCGACAGCGACACGUCAGAGCGCCAGGAUGACUCCUACAUCGACUUGGACGCAAACGAACAUCUGCUAGAAACCCUGUACCAGGAGGAGUCCCACGAGGAGCUGGGGGAGGCGGGGGAAGCUGCUCAGACAGAGACGGUAUCGGAGGAGAACAAAUCCCUGAUCUGGACCCUGUUGAAGCAGGUCCGACCUGGCAUGGACCUGUCCAAGGUGGUUUUGCCCACUUUCAUCCUGGAGCCGAGGUCCUUCCUGGACAAGCUGUCGGACUACUACUACCAUGCAGACUUCCUGUCAGAAGCUGCGGUCGAAGAGAACGCCUACGACCGGAUGAAGAAGGUGGUGAAGUGGUACAUCUCUGGGUUUUAUAAGAAGCCAAAGGGGCUGAAAAAGCCCUACAACCCCAUCAUCGGGGAGACCUUUCGCUGCCUGUGGCUCCAUCAAAACACCAACAGCAAGACCUUCUACAUCGCAGAGCAGGUGUCCCAUCAUCCACCUGUAUCAGCCUUCUACGUCAGCAACAGAAAAGACGGCUUCUGCUUAAGCGGCAGCAUCCUGGCCAAGUCCAAGUUCUACGGAAACUCUCUGUCGGCCAUAUUGGAUGGAGAAGCUCGCCUGACCUUUCUGAACCGCGGGGAGGACUACGUGAUGAACAUGCCCUACGCUCACUGCAAAGGGAUCGUUUACGGUACCAUGACCCUGGAGCUGGGGGGGCAGAUCACCAUAGCCUGUGAAAAGACGGGCUACAGCGCUCAGCUGGAGUUCAAGCUGAAGCCGUUCCUGGGAAGCAGCGACUGCGUCAAUCAGAUCUCCGGGAAGAUAAAACUGGGAAAGGAAGUGCUGGCGACUCUGGAAGGACACUGGGACAGCGAAAUCUUCAUCAACGACAAGAAGACCGGGACCAUGGAGACGUUCUGGAACCCCACGUCAGAGCUGAGGCAGAGCCGACUGAUCCGGUGCACCGUCCCAAUGGAGGAGCAGAGCGAGUUCGAGUCUGAGAGGCUGUGGCAGCACGUGACCCGGGCCAUCAACAACAAGGACCAGACGGAGGCCACCAACGAGAAGUUCAUCCUGGAGGAGGCCCAGAGGAAGUCCGCCCGUGAGCGCAAAGCCAAAUGUGAGGAUUGGGUCCCCGCCCUGUUCGAGCAGGACGCCGUCACCGGAGAGUGGCAUUACAGAUUCGCCGACACCCGGCCCUGGGAUCCUCUCAACGACCUGAUCCAGUUUGAGAAAGACAGCUGCAUCCAGACCAAGGUCCGGCACCGCACCCCCAUGGUACGUUCUGGCAGUGUAAUUAGUCUGAGUAACCAGGGGCCGCGCAGGGAAAACUGCAAGUGUCAGGUGACGGUGCCAAAGAGGAAGCACAAGAGCGACCAGCCCAAGAGCCCGGAGAGCGGCUGCUCCUCACCAGAACCCGACCGCCAAGACUCGUCUGGCAGCGAGCGACACAAAAGCAAACACACCAGCCGCCUGAGGAAGAAGGCUGCAGACCUGGGGGAGCUCCAAAGUGCCAUUGAGUCCAUAAAGCAGACGCAGGAGAGCAUCAACAGGAGCAUCACCGUUCUGCGCAGCCGGACGGCGGGCCGCGGGGAAGCCGGCUCCUUCCUGCAGCAGCGGGACUACGUGGUCAUCGCCUUCCUCAUCCUCCUUCAGGUCCUGAUCAACUACGUCUUCAAGUAGCAGCUGGCGGAGCGCAUCACGGCGGAGCGCGUCACGGCGGCUCGCGACGAAGGACCGCCCUGAAACCCAUAAAAGUGAAGCGAGUUUUUUAAAAAAGAAACUUCUUAUUUAUUCCUCACAAGUUCAUUCCACGUCUCUGGAGUUCAGAGGAGAGGUUCCUCCUCGGCAGGGUGGAGACAGAAGCCUUUUUUGUUGUUUUUGGGCGCCGUCGCCCGCUAUCAUUUCACCUCAAACGACAGGGAACCUUUUAACGCCGCUCAGAUUGUAAGACGGAAGCCGCUCUUGUUUUGAAGACGUCCUUCAGCUUCCUGGUCUGUGGUGAACGGACGGAGGAGGAGCAUCAUCAGGAGGAGGGAAACGCAGCUUUAGGAUUCUGAGAUUGUAGCUUUGAGGAGGAGGCGGAGUCAUUCUGCUGGAUGACGGGAGCGGACACAGACUCUCACAGCUGUACAGCGUAGUUUCAACUGUAGCCUUUUUUACUGUUUGGUUCCAAGGCACAAAUGCACUGGAACCACCUGAAACGUGUCUCUACAUCCUCCCGCUGGAUCUGCCAAAUUCAGAAACAGAGAUGCUGUUUCCAAUCAGCCAGACUGGAGGCGUUUCUUCCUUGGUUUUCCGCCUCAGACCUGAAGUUUUCAGCAGAAGCGCUGAAACCGCGUCAGAUCAGAUCUGACAUUAGCAUGGUUGCACUGAACGGCGCCAAGCGGAGGACUCUCCGUAUCUGUACGAUAAACUGACCAAAGGUACGGAGCCCCUAAAGGGACAUCGAGUGAAAAACAAAAAAUUGAAGUAAAAAAGAUUUAAGUAAAGAUCAACCAAAAAUAUUUUUGGUUACUAUCUGGUUCACACCAGUUACUAACCAGAAUUUUUUUUUUUUACUUCAGUUUUUAGAGAUUUUUUUUUUUGUUAAUUUACGUCCCGGUGCGCACCAAUUAGUAAUUGGGAUCCUCUCAACAAAAAUUGAAAUAAAAACAGAUUUUUUCAUUCAGAAAAACGAAGUCUGACUCACUUAGCAACCAGAAUUUUUAUAUUUUACUUCAAUUUUUAGAGACACAUAUUUUUUUAGUUACUAAUUGGUGCACACCACAUAGUGACCAGAUUUUUUUUAUUCAAAUUUUAGAGAAAAAAAUAACUUUUUAUGUAUUAUCUGGUGCGCACCAAAAGUGAGUCACCAAAAAUGUUUUUUCUAAAAAGGAAAUUACACUUUUUUUUUGGGUAAGUAACUGGUGCGUAACAGAGAGUGACCAGACUUUUUUUUACUUCAAUUUCUAGAGAAGAAAAACUUUAGGUACUAUCUGGUGGACACCACUUACUAUCUGGUGCGCACCAGAUAGUAACCAAAUUUGCAAAACAUUGAAUUCUUUUUCUUUUCUGGUUAGUACGUGGUGCACACUGGAUAGGAAGCUGAAUUUUUUGUUUACUUGAAUGUUUAGAUUUUUUUAUUUAUUUUUUUUACCAUCUGGUGCACACCAGAUAGUAACUAUUUUUUUUUCUGAAAAUUGAAUACGUUUUUUUCCUCUGGUUAGUAAGUGGUACACACCAGAUAGUAAACAGUAUCUUUUCCAACUAGAAAAAAAUGAUUUUUCUAAAAAUGUAAGUACUGUUUUUUUCUGGUUAGUUACUGGUGCACACCAGAUAGUAACCAGAAAAAAUGUU